AUGAAAGAGAAGGAUAAACGCAUCGCCGAACUAAAGCAAAACGAUGAAGCUAAGAACUCUGUAAUAAGUGCAAAGGACAAGCUCAUUGACGUCUUAAAGCAAAACGAUGCAGUUAAGGAUAAGCGCAAUGGCGACUUAACACAGCAGAUACUCAACUCAGUCGAUGUCAGACAACUAAAUAAGCUAUUUAAAUAUGUUGAUCGAGCUGAGGCAACCAGUUGUCUGCCUUUUGAUAAUUCUAAUGACAUUCAAACGAUAAGAGUACCUGGCAUUGAGUCCUUUCGAGUUCCCUGUGAUUCAACAUUUGCUGGCAGCGGUUGGACCGUUGUGCAACGUCGUCAAGAUGGCUCAGUGAACUUCAAACGAAACUGGGAUCAGUAUAAGAACGGCUUUGGCGACUUGCGAAAUGAAUUUUGGCUAGGACUUGAAAAGGUGCAUCUUAUGACCAAGUUUCAAUCACACGAGCUGUUCGUACAGCUGGAGGAUUUUAAUCAUGAAACACGCUAUGCACGCUAUAGCAAUUUUUCAAUUGCAAGCGAGUCACGAUCUUACGAACUGUUAACUCAAUGCUUGCUGUCAGUUGAAUCUGAUGGGGAUUGCACCAGAUACUGUUAUAAAGUCGUUCAGCAGUUGCUACAGUAUUUUCGCGUUUCUAGUGCAAAACUGGAUCAGUUUGAGACUCUACAGGCCAAGAUUCAUGAGCAAGAACUUUAUAUUAAAAAGCUAGAAGCUACACCUAAAGUGCAAGAGGAAACCUUGGAAAAAAUUCAAGAGCUUCAAACUAAAAUAGAUGAACAGCAAAUUCUUACCAAAACUGUACAAACCAAGCUUGACGAACAACAAGCAGCUCUAAAGCAAAAUGUGAAGAAUUCUAUAAUAAAUGAAAAGGAUAAUCUUAUUGCCGAUUUAAAGCAACAGAUACUCGACUCAGUCGAUGUCAGACAACUGACUAAGGUAUUUAAAUAUGUAGAUCGAGCAGAAGCGACUAGUUGUCUCCCUUUUGAUAAUUCUAAUGACAUUCAAACGAUAAGAGUACCUGGCAUUGAGUCCUUUCGAGUUCCCUGUGAUUCAACAUUUGCUGGCAGCGGUUGGACCGUUGUUCAACGUCGUCAAGACGGCUCAGUGGAUUUCAAUCGAACCUGGGAUGAGUAUAAGAACGGCUUUGGAGACUUGCGCGGUGAAUUUUGGCUCGGACUCGAAAAAUUGCAUCUCAUGACAAAAUUUCAAUCACACGAGCUCUACAUACAGCUGGAGGAUUUUAAUCAUGAAAAGCGCUAUGCACGCUAUAGCAAUUUCUCAAUUGCAAGCGAGUCACGAUUCUUCGAAUUAUUAACCGUUGGUGCAUACCGGGGCAAUGCUGGAAACGCACUCGAUUACUGGCCAAAAAACAAGGGAUUAAGGGCCAUUGUUAAUAUUGAGAUUUGCAACUGCCGAUCGUGA